AUGAUGCCUGUGAGCGAUGGUAUGUCCGACACGACCCGGGCAAUUUAUCGGAGGAGCCCUCUCCAUUUGACAAAGGGCUCCUGGCUUGAUGUACCAGAGAGUGUGUCGGUUACGUCAGCUGCUCAUCGAGCAGACAUCAACCGUGCCGUGCAUCUCAUCAAGGGAAAGGUGCUUGACGCACCUCGUGCCAGUCGGUCCUGCAGCGAUUUCUCUUUGAGGUGGCAGGACAGUGACCUGGGCCUCCCUCCGAGUUCCGUCAGCGUCGAAGCGCUUCAGCCGAAAUGGAGCUUCGAGAAGGUGCCCUCAUUGAUUCCAAGCCCACUAGAACGGGACAGAGGGCUCCUCGGACGAUCCUGUGCUGGAAAGCCGCCAUCCAUGCUUCGCACGGAGAUGUCCCGGAUGACCUCCAGGUCGGAAGCAGGGAAGUUCUCUGCGCCGUGGACUGGAUAUUCAGGGGCGAUGAUCUCGGUGAUAAUGCCCUGCCGGAACGGAUGGCCUUUUCUGCCUUGGGCCGUGGAUGAUCUUGCUUCCAGCAGCACCGCGCUGGAGAUCCUCAUCUGUGACGACGGCAGCAGCGACGGCUCCGAGAAAUGGCUCAAGGCCCUCGAAGCGGAGAGCCCGGGGAGCCCGUCUGGGGAGAGGCAGGAGCCUGAGGAGGGAAGGAUGCUGCCCCCAAAGCCACUGCUGCCGGGCCCGGACCCGGGCCCAAAGCCGGAGGGAGAAAGAGAGGAGGAGUCGGAGCAGUCCUUACGGCGACGGGCCUUUGUCCAGCAGGUCCCGUGGCCGGGUGAGGAUGUGAGCACCCCAACGCCUGCAGCGGUCGCGGCCAAGCUCCGAAGCGCGGGACAUCGUUUGAUUGUGCUGAGCAGCGGCGGGCGCGGCCAAGGAGCAGCGCAGAACGCUUGCCUGGAGGCUGCCAGCUCCCCUUUGAUCGGUCUGAUGGAUGCAGACGAUCGGGGCGACCCGGAGCGCUUUGCGCGGCUUCUGGAAGCCCUCAACAAGAACCCGGACUGGGACGGAGCCUGCAGUGCAGUGCGCAUCUUUGGCUCUGUCUCCGAGGGCAUGGCGCGUUACGUGCAGUGGCAGAACAGCCUCCAGGAGCCGGAGGAGCUGAUGCUGAAUCGCUUCGUGGAAAUACCUGGCUUGCACCAGUCAGGUCUUUACCCAAGGUCACUGCUUUGGGACAAGUUGCGGGGUUAUCGAGAUCUACCCAGUUGGCCGAUCGACAUCGACACCUGGAUGCGCCUGGCAGAGGCAGGAGCCCGCAUUGGCAAGGUACCUGACGAACUCUACGGCUGGCGCCAGCAUGUGCUUCAGAGUACAAGGAACCACGGCCGCUGCGGCCUCGAGCGGCUCCGAAGCUGCAAGGCUCACUUCCUGCUCCGAUCACUGCCACCACAGGUGCGCCGUCUGGAAAUCUGGAGUGCGCCGCAGCUGCCCUCAACCAGAGCAACAGCAAGGCUUCGCAGAUCCAUGCUCUGGCCGAAGAUGAAGACAAGGAGCCAUCUUCCUUUGCAUCCACGUCGUUUAUCAGAUUUUGGUUGGGGCUUUGGGGGCGAGGAGCACGUCUCUGUGACGGAGCUCUUGCUGGUCUCUUGGCGGCCCAAAGGCGGCCGUCGGGGAGGUGCAGCUCGAAAAGCCCCGGAGGGCGGCGGAGGUGCUGCAGCAAGGGCUACGGUGACGACUGCGGCUGAAGAAGCGGCUGAAGCCCACAGCACGGGAAGCUUCAGGGUCCAGGCCGGAAUUUGCUCAGCUGGCACACCGCUGUCAUGGGGUGCAGCAAAGACUGCAGGAUUCUGA